GGGACCCACAUGAGCCGAAACGGCGAAGAAGUCCGUCGUUUAAAGUCGUUUAAAAAGGGAGAGACGUUUCUGCUUUGCAACAGAAGCUCGCUUCACCUACAUUUCUCUCUCUUCCUCUCUCUCCCGUGUGUGUGAUCGAGUGCUGAAACGACAGAGGGACACGCCGUUUUGGACUUUACUGUGAAGGAGGAGGAGGGAGAAGCGAGAUGUCAGGUCUCGAGGAUAUCAAGAACGAGACUGUUGAUCUGAUCCUCGACCUUGCCAAUGCCAGGCCUGACCUUAGGAAGAAGGUACUCUCUUGUAUUGACAAGUACGCAGAGCGCGGUCUUAGGUCAUUGGCAGUUGCUCGUCAGGUUGUUCCCGAGAAAACAAAAGAAAGCUCAGGUGGACCAUGGGAAUUUGUUGGCUUGUUGCCUCUUUUUGACCCUCCAAGACACGACAGUGCCGAAACCAUUCGUAGGGCUUUGAAUCUUGGUGUUAAUGUUAAGAUGAUCACCGGUGAUCAACUUGCUAUUGGUAAGGAAACUGGUCGCAGGCUUGGAAUGGGAACCAAUAUGUAUCCAUCUGCGGCUCUUCUCGGAACUGACAAGGACUCGAACAUUGCAUCCAUUCCUGUCGAGGAGUUGAUUGAGAAGGCUGAUGGGUUUGCUGGCGUCUUUCCAGAGCACAAAUAUGAGAUUGUGAAAAAGCUACAAGAGAGAAAGCACAUUGUUGGAAUGACCGGUGAUGGUGUCAACGAUGCUCCUGCUUUGAAGAAAGCCGACAUUGGUAUUGCCGUGGCCGAUGCUACAGAUGCUGCUCGUGGUGCUUCAGAUAUUGUUCUCACGGAACCUGGAUUGAGUGUUAUCAUCAGUGCAGUGCUUACUAGCAGAGCUAUCUUCCAGAGAAUGAAGAACUAUACGAUUUAUGCAGUCUCAAUCACAAUCCGUAUUGUGUUUGGUUUCAUGCUUAUUGCUCUGAUAUGGGAAUUUGACUUCUCAGCGUUCAUGGUUCUGAUUAUUGCCAUCCUUAAUGACGGUACCAUCAUGACAAUCUCAAAGGACAGAGUGAAGCCAUCUCCCACACCUGAUAGCUGGAAGCUCAAAGAAAUUUUCGCCACCGGAAUUGUGUUGGGAGGCUACCAAGCCGUUAUGAGUGUGGUUUUCUUCUGGGCGAUUCACAAGACUGACUUCUUCUCGGACAAGUUUGGUGUGAGGUCAAUCAGGGACAACAACGAUGAGCUAAUGGGUGCUGUGUACCUACAAGUUAGUAUCAUCAGUCAAGCGCUCAUCUUCGUCACGAGGUCAAGGAGCUGGUCGUUCGUUGAGCGUCCUGGGGCGCUUCUGAUGAUUGCAUUCGUCAUUGCACAACUGGUUGCGACUUUGAUUGCAGUGUAUGCCGACUGGACAUUCGCAAAGGUGAAGGGUAUCGGUUGGGGAUGGGCUGGUGUGAUUUGGAUUUACAGUAUUGUAACAUACUUCCCACAAGACCUUUUGAAGUUUGCCAUUCGAUACAUCUUGAGUGGAAAGGCUUGGGUCAGCUUGUUUGACAACAGGACCGCUUUCACGACCAAGAAAGACUACGGUAUUGGAGAAAGAGAAGCACAGUGGGCACAAGCUCAGAGAACACUCCACGGUCUGCAGCCAAAAGAAGAGGUCAACAUCUUCCCAGAGAAAGGAGGUUACAGAGAGCUGUCUGAGAUCGCCGAGCAAGCCAAGAGAAGGGCCGAGAUAGCUAGGCUUAGGGAGCUUCACACACUGAAGGGACAUGUGGAAUCAGUCGCAAAGCUAAAGGGCUUGGACAUUGACACAGCAGGACAUCACUACACUGUGUAGUUGCAGUUGCACAACACAAACAUUACCAAAAACCAACCCCAUCAUUAUGACUCCUCUUUUGUUUUUGUCUUUUACAAAUCCCUCUUUUUUUUCUUUAAGGUCUCCAUUACAGUAGAGGGAAGAGAACCCUGUGUAUUGCCAUAACUCUCCCAAAAACUCUCUUUUAUUGUUAGUCAUUGUUCCUAAAUUUGUACUCUUGAGCUUUGCAAAAAUUGCCUUUGAAGAAACAAGGCUUGUGCCUUGUGUUUUGGCACUUUGGCUUCACCCUUUUUUUUAAUGGCCUAAUUGUGAGCGCUUAUUUACUCUCUCUCGUUUACGUUUUUGUUUGAUUGAUAAGUUUUAUUUUGAAUCUAAUAUACGAAAAUCAUAUUUGAAGCUUAUGUACAAAGAUCAAGAUUGUGAGAUAUACAUUGAGAUUGUAGUGGGGUUUUGAUAAGUAAAGAAUGACUUCAAG